AUGGCGGCUGUCGCGGAGCACACACAUCUCCUCCUCCGCAUGUUUCGGCACCCCUUCAGUCAGCAACGAGGCGCCGCAGAGCAGUGCCUUGGCGCGUAUCGUGUGACGCUGAACGUGCGAGGGUGGUGGCACAGCGUCGUGGUCGACGACUACUUCCCCAUCACGGAGGGCGGCUGUUACAUCAAGUACGCGCACAGUCGCCGCGAUGUGCGGGAGCUUUGGGUGUCGCUGCUGGAGAAGGCGUAUGCUAAGGUUCGUGGCGGCUACUCUAACAUCGUCACCGGCGACCCGCUUAUGGCGCUGCGUGACUUUACCGGUUGGCCGUGCUCCCGCUACGACAUCGCGCACUUCAACAAUAUCGCUUUAGCGUCGUCCAGCUUUGCGUCACGGCUCUUACGGUACGACCAGCACGGAUUUCAGGUCAUCUUGCACACGGCUCCCCUCUUCGAUUCUGAUGGCACGAUGCUCCAGACCGACAUCGGUAUCUCGCCAGCGGAGGCCGCGUUGCCGUCAAUCGUGGAGGCUUCUGGAGGUGGCGCAUGCGCUGGUGCAAGCGCUGCCCGCGGGCUCAUCGCUGGGAUGGUGUAUCCCGUCAUGCGCAUCUUGCGCCUCAGCAUCGAUACACUUCGUGCGGAGCUGACGCUGUUCCAGGUGCGCAAUCCGUGGCGAGACGUGGCGGCGUGGAAAGGAAGGUGGCGAUGCGGGAGUCGCCUCUGGAAGCAGUGGCCGUAUGUUGCUGCGGCGUGUCACAUGCAGGAGUGCUCGCAUCUCGAUGUCAAUGGCGACGUGACGUUAUCAACGGACAAUCUCCGAGAUAAAUCAGUGGCACCAUCGGCACCGCAGGCGGCCACCACUAAUGCGUGCGCCUGUCGCCGCAACCAGUACAUCUGGGUAGAGUGGUCAGAGGUUUACCGGUACUUUUCUGGAUGUGGCGUCGUGUUCCGCCUUCCCCUUCACCACGAAUAUCGUGUAAAGGGUGUGUUCGAGGCUACGUGCCCAUCUGUGUGCGUGCGGGUGUCGGUGGUCGCGCGCACUUUCAUUGGCGCCAUGCUGUCUAUAGGCGAAACAGUCGGGGCCAGGUCCUUGGCGACGAACACAGGCGACACGAGCCCAUACCCGCCCAUCAUGCUCACUCUGGCGCGAGAGCAGGAUGGUGUGCUGCACCUCGUGUGCAACUCGCAGCUUGACCCUGACAAUCCGUCAGCGCGCUUUACCUUUAUGCAGACUCACGACGCGAGCCUCUUCUACCCACUGACGCCAGAGAACUCGCCAUACUGGCUGAUCCCUCGAGUCCUCGCGCCUCAGGUGCCCAAUGCUGCUGCCGCUACUGAUGGCGGUGCGAGCGCACCGGCACCAGAUCCCCCGCGACUUCCGUAUGUGCUUGGUCUUUUCCAAGAGGAGCAGGCAGGAGAAAAUGGAUGGCGAGCCGAGUUCUACCACCUGCCCCCGACAUCCGCAGCCUUCCGAAACAGCACGUCGUUUUCCCUGGGCAGCAACGUGCGGGCGGUGGUGGCCAUGUUCCAGGCCAAAGCACCUCACGCGGCCUUCCCGAAAACGUAUGUGAACACGGAAGUGUCGGAGCGGGAGGCAACACCGGUGGAUGAGUUUGUUGGUGCAGCACAGACGCCAAGGUGA